AUGGCGGCCCGCGGGAUCCGGCCGUUGCUGUGCAACGGCCGGCGGCUGCACAGUGAGGCCUCGGCAGUCCCGGCGCCGCCGCCUCCCUCCCUGUACCCGCCUGUGGUGGCCUCUCUCACGGCCAAGAGCCAUGCGGCCAAGCUCCGGCGGCGGGAGAUGUACUUCCAGAGUAUACACGACGCGCCCUCCGCGGAGGAGAAGCUGCGGAUCUACGGGAAGCGGCAGCGGCGCAAGUACGUGGUCUACCCGCAGACGUGGGCCAUCAACGCCGACCGCUGGUACCAGCACUACACCAAGACCGCCUUCGUGCCGGGGCUGCCGGCCCUGGGGGGAGGGGGGGGAGGGGCGGCGGCCGACGGCGUGGACCUGCCCGAGUUGCGCUCCGCGGCGUGCGACGUGCUGCUCCAGGAGCUGUUCUACCAGCGCAAGAAGAGGCCCUACCUCUUCCGCGCCAUCGACCAGGGGCCGGCGCCCUUCCUCACCCACCUGAUGCCUGCCCUCGCCACCCGCCUGGCGGGCCUCAACCCGGUCCUCGCCUCCGCCUCCGCCGAUUUUAAACCAGAAGUAAAUUUCUAUUGGCUGCGUGGUGAGGAGGUAGUACCCCGUGGACAUCGGAGUGGCAGAAUUGAUCCAAUGAGAUUUCAGAUAGACGAUAAACCUCACUGUCAACUUCGGAUACCAGAGCAGCUUUCAGAGUUUGUCCCUCUGGACUAUGUGGCCCCUGAAGAGGUUCCUGUUAUCAAUGUUUCACCUAACAAACUUCCAUUGUUCAAAAGGCAAUAUGACAACAAAAUAUUUAUAGGUUCAAAGCUAGCAGAUCCCUGCAAAUUUGGCCACACGCAAUUUCAUUUGAUUCCUGACAGACUGAAAAGAGAGAGGCUGAUAAGAUUAGGUAUUGCUGAUCAGAUUGAAGUUCCCUACCGUGCCAAUGGAAUUGCAAGUCUUUUUGCGUGGACUGGAGCACAAGCAAUGUACCAGGGAUUCUGGAGUGAGGCAGAUGUAACCCGGCCCUUUGUGUCGCAGGCUGUGAUUACUGACGGAAGAUACUUCGCCUUCUUUUGUUACCAGUUGAAUACCUUGGCUUUAACUGUUGAGGCUGAUAAAAAUAACCCUAGGAAAAAUAUUUGCUGGGGAACUGAAAGUAAACCCCUGUACGAAGCAAUAGAAGACAAUGACGUGAAAGGGUUUGACGACGAAGUUCUACUUCAACUGGUCAGGUUUCUUCUAAACAGACCGAAACAAUUUUAA